CUCGCUCUUGCGCACCAGCAGCACCUGCUUAAUACUUCUUCAACUGAGGAGUACACACAGCUUCAAUGCCAAAGCAUGCUCUAGCUCCGACUCGCGAAAGGCCGAGCGCAGAUCCGAGCGUCUGCGGUUCAUCAUCAACCGCCACGCCGGUUGUCCUUUCGAACGAAGUUCUGCUCAGAUCCAAGAUCGCGCAACUGCAGCUUGAAAGGGCCAAGCAGCAGCGCAAAGGCAAGAACGACAAUGGCGCUGCCGCGGCCCCGACCCCCUCCUCCCCCUUGAGGGCGAGGGGACAGCAGGCGGUGGAGGUGGCGGCGGCGGUAGGGGCCACGCCUUCGUCCUCCGCCGACGCCGCUCAUGGCAACGGCAGAAAAGCUCGUACGGCAACGUCGAAGCACCGGCUUGCUAACCCUCAGGCUGGCCAGAGUCGGCCACAGAAUGGCCAGGCAGCGGCGGCGGCAGCAUCGGGGGUCAAAGGAGACCCUGGCGGCGCGGAAGGGAGAGGAGAGAGAGAUGCAGCACGCGUGGAAAGCGAAGAAGAAGUGAUGCGACGAUUCGAGGCGCAGGUGAUUCUUGCGCGAAAGGAGGGAGGCCUGCAGAGUCCACGUGGGUCUUCGGAGAAUAGCGGGACGCCGCUGCAGCAGCAGCAGCAGCAGCAGUGGCAUGGCUUCACCCCGCAAGGGAUGCAGGCCCUGCGGGACAUGUACCGAGAACAAGUGCAAGCGGCGAGGACGAUGGCCAAGCAAGCCGACACUCUAACUCGCAAGACCCAAGAGAUGGAGAAAUUGAACGAGGUGAUGCGGGCGGAGGCGGACGCGGACGCGCGCGAGGCGGCGCGGCUAAACCAGGCGGCGGCGAAGCUGCAGACCCUCAGCGGCGAGCUCGACGGGAGACGAACGGCGAUGCUCGAGGCCCGGAACGUGGAAGCGGGGAAAGAGACGGCGAGGAGGGAAGAGAUGAACGCCUCUCUGAACGCCGUCGUAAGCGACAUUUCGAAGAAGAUUAAGGAGCAGGAAGAGGAAAGGAUCGCCCAGGACGCGGAGAACGCCAGCCUCCGCUCAGACCUCCAGGCGCUCCUCCAGACCUACGACGAAAACAAGACCGCCUCCGAGAAAUCCCUCAGGGGCCACGAAGAGGAGGGCGUGAAGCUGGCCAAGCGCCUCGAGAGCCUUACCGCCGCAGUACAGAUAUCGUUGGGCAGAGAGGAGGGGCUGAGGAAAGCCAUCGGAGAGCUUGCGGGAGCAGAGGGAAUGCUUCGCAAAAGGGUUGGCGAGCACGCCACUCGCCUGGAGCGCCAGGAAGCGGGCCUCAAGACGUACCUCGAGUCCGUCCAGCGCCUGCAGGCCAACGAGACCAAGCUGCUCGUGUCCAUCGCGCGCCUCUCCAAGGAAAAGACCGGCCUGCUCGCUCGCGCGGGCUGCCUGGUGGUGGGUGGUGAGGGUGGUAUUGACGACGCCGGCGGUGGUGGUGGCGGGGGCGACGAGAGAAGCGACCGCCGCGACGAUGCGAAGCUUGGAGAGGACGGUAUGCGGGCGCUGCUGCGCGAAAAGAAGCAGGCGGCGGCCGAGGCUGAACGCGAGAAGGACCGCCUCCAGGCUCGCUGCCGAGAGUUGCAGGCGGAGCGGACGACGAUCGCGAGCAAGGCGGAAUCAGUCGCGGCGACCACCGCAGAGCGAGACGAGGCUGAGGCUGGCGUUGCGGAGGGCGAGACAGAGAUCGGUAGGGCGGAGGACAAGAUAGAGAAUGGCGGCACUGCACAGGAGGAGGCUUGUACUGCCAGCUAGCCAAUCGGUGGAGCCCCUUCCCCUUGUGUUGAGUAACUCUGGCAGGAGAGGGACGGGUGUAUUUUUUCAUCGGACCGCCUUGUAAACGGCUGACCAAUCAGAAAUGGCGCGGGUCUUGGCGGGACUAGAGACAACAAUGUGGGUAGGCGGGGGAUUUUCAAUUGGCAACGAACUGCGCCAACCGGCUGGCCAAUGCUAUGUAAGAUGAAUAGUGUCACAUAGCAAAACAACAGUCUUAUCGUUCGUGCAUGUAUCUGUGUGUGUGUGUUGUUGUUUUUUCGUCGACCGCGUUAGCGGGCAGAUCAAUGAAAAGACGAAAGUCUUGUACCCGGACAACGCACGAACAUGGUUUUCUUUUCCGUGGGCUCUCUCUCGGGCGCGCACGUGUCUUGUAUUGCAAGCAGUGUCGACCGCUAGCCGGCCGGCCAAA